AUGGCGCCCUGGAUCCUCGGUGAUAAGUUCAACACCGUCUACCCCCAUAAGGGCUCUAUCAAGGCCCUUUGGGAGACCAAAUGGAAAUUCGCAUGCGAAAAAUCGAUCUAUCCCUUCCACGAUGGCUCCAUCGAGGACUUUAGGCCUAUCUUCCAGAAGCUUAUCGACGAAAACAUCAACGAUGCCUGCACGGACGCCUACACCCAGGCGUUCUUCCCCAUCGCCGAAGCCCUGGAGAACCAGGCCACCGCCGCCCUGAGCACCAACAACACCCAAAUGGCGUCCGACCUCCUCCGUCGCGCCGCCGUGGUGUACCGCAUCUCCCGCUUCCCCUACGUCGACCCGACCAAGGACGACAUCAAGAAGCUGGCCUUCAACCGCCAGAAGAAAGUGUACCUCAAGGCGGCUUCGUUCUGGACCCCCAAGAUCGAGGAAGUCAUCAUCCCACACACCCACAAGUCCCCCACUGACGGUGCCUACGUCCCGCUGUUCGUCCGUGUCCCGGAGAACGCCUCCGCCGAGAACCCCGUCCCCGUCGUGCUCCUCAUGACCGGCCUGGACGGCUACCGUCCCGACAACAGCCAGCGUACCCACGAGAUCAUCGACCGUGGCUGGGCCACCGUCGUCUGCGAGAUCCCUGGCACCGCCGACUCUCCCGCCGACCCCAGCGACCCCGAGGGUCCGGACCGUCAGUGGUCCACCGUGCUGGACUACAUGGCCACUCGUCCCGAGUUCGACAUGUCGCGCGUCGCCGCCUGGGGUCUCAGUGCCGGUGGCUUCUAUGCCAUCCGCGCUGCGCACACCCACCGCGAGCGCUUCGCGGGGAUAAUUGCCCACGGUCCGGGCUGCCACUACUUCAUGGACCCUGAGUGGUUGAGCAAGGUCGAUGACCACGAGUAUCCUUUCCUUCUCACCCCCGCCUGGGCCAAGAAAUACGGCUACGAUGACCCCGAGGAAUUCCGCAAGAACGGCCAGAAGAAGUUCUCGCUUUUGGAGACAGGCAUCCUCGACCAGCCUAGCACUAGACUCUUGCUGCUGAACGGCGUCGACGACGGCGUCACCCCCAUCGAAGACUGCCUCAUGCUCUUCAACCACGGUAGUCCCAAGGAAGGCCGGUUCUUCCACGGCCUCCCGCACAUGGGCUACCCGCAUAGUCUGGCGCCUUCGUACACGUGGUUCGAGAAGGUGUUGGCUUCUCCUCAGCCGGUGUUGAAGAACUAG